GUGAUACCGGAACCAUGGACCCUGCAGCUGUGGGUGCACCCGUCCUUCCCUGCUAGACGGCCAAUGGAGAGUUGGUGGUAUGAUUAACAACAGUAAGACGGGAUCUCUUUGAGUGGAGCUGUGAAUGACUCUGGCAACAGGGAUUUGGUAGAAUACCAAGAUGGCCAUUACACAGUUUCGACUUUUCAAGAUUUGCUCUUGCUUUGCUUCCGUGCUAGCCUUCUUCAAGAGAUUAAUAUGCAGGUCUGGACGAGGCAGGAAACUAAGUGGGGAUCAAAUAACUUUACCAACUGCAGUGGAUUAUUCCUCUGUGCCUAAACAGGUGGAAGAGUGGAGCUCAUGGGAUGAUGACGCCCCCACCAGUGUUAAGAUUGAAGGUGGCAAUGGCACACUGUCAACACAAAGUUCUGUGGAGCAGGAUGAACCAGAUUACUUCAAGGAUAUGACACCAACUAUCAGGAAAACACAUAAAAUUGUUAUAAAGAAGAGGGAGCCUGCCAGCUUUGGAAACAUGGAUUUCUCUGAUGGAAGUAUUGGAUUUUCCAGCAGACUGGCAGCAACUCAGGACAUUCCAUUCAUUCAUCAGUCCGCAGAACUGGGAGAUUUAGAAACCUGGCAAGAAAAUUCUAAUGCCUGGGAGGAAGAGGGUGACGCAUCCUGGCAAGCUGAGGAGGUGCUAAGGCAGCAGAAGAUGGCUGAAAGGGAAAAACGAAUGGCCGAGCAGCAAAGGAAGAAAAUGGAAAAGGAAGUCCAGAGACUAAUGAAAAAGGAUCAAAAUAAAAUGGGUGUCAAGUUAUCCUAACUAAUAGUCUGUUGCUACAGAGGUGCACCGUUCCACAAGCUUCAGGAUAUUCGUAGCAGAUCCCGUAGGGAAUCCUGGGGAAAAAAAGAAAACUUUCUUUUUAAAACGUCAUAUUUUUUUUGAGAAGCGGUGCUGGGAUUUCCGGGGGUGAUGACCCUUUAAGUUAUUCUUCAGAUACUGGACAUUUACAUCAGGGCAAAUUCGCCGCCAGGGACUAAAGGCACAGAGCGUUCUAAAUUUCACAAAUAAAUGGGUGUAAAUAAUUCAGUGGUGGAAAACCUGCUGCUCGAUUCAUGCUUUCAGCAAAUAUGGAAUUAAUAAUAAAGAAUUUUAAAGAAACGUGAAUGCUUUUCAUCUAUCAGUUACUCUGCAUUUGAUUUCAAUAAUCACACAUUGGGGAUGUAUGAAGAAUGGCUGAUCUCAAUCCCUGACUAAUUGGGGGGGGGUCUUUAUUUUUUUUGUCAAUAAACUGUUUUAUCAGAAAA